CCUACCUAGUCCGCCCAAUGCAUUCGCCACGCCGACUUUAGCCUCCCCUUGCUUGAUCCGCAGUGUCUGUCUGUUGUGCGGCCCGUCCUCGGCUGGAGCUACCCUCAGAGACGGGUGGCGAAAGUGUCGACUUUGAGAAGAGGAGACACGGAGGAAUAACCGCGCAACUUGGACUUAACUAUAUCGUCUCUGCAUGGAAGCGAAUGGUUUCGUGUCCAGGCGAAGAAUGUCCGUGGACACACCAAGCGUCGAUGCCGGGGUUACUGCUGGAGCUGCAGGGGCAGACAUUCGAUGGCUCGGCGGGAGGAUUUUGGACGCUACGGAGGGGUUUGUUGGUGGUCUGUCACCGCCACGGAUAACAGCGGAACCGGACUUUGCUGCGGUGUUGCAACUUCGAGCAGCCCCGGAGCCCACGGUGGCUGCUAUCGAGACCGAAAUAGACUAUGAAGGGCUCCCCCAGGGUGUCGCCACCAGUACACACAUGUUAGCCGGCGCCGUGGCUGGCAUCAUGGAACACUGCCUAAUGUAUCCCAUCGACUGUGUUAAGACGCGGAUGCAGAGCCUGCAGCCCGAGCCGGGGGCACGUUACCGUAAUGUAAUGGACGCGCUGCGUCAGAUCGUGCGUACAGAGGGGGUGUGGCGGCCUGUGAGGGGGCUGAACGUCAUGGCGAUAGGGGCAGGGCCAGCCCAUGCUCUCUACUUCGCCUGUUACGAGAAACUAAAGUUCUCACUAAGCAACAUGGUCCACCCGGGAGCUAACAGCCACUUUGCUAAUGGAAUGGCAGGCUGCAUGGCCACUGUGCUCCAUGAUGCAAUCAUGAACCCAGCAGAAGUGGUGAAGCAGCGUAUGCAGAUGUACAAUUCCCCGUACCGCGGCGUGUCUGACUGCGUAGGCUCCAUCUGGAAGCGCGAGGGCCCUGGGGCCUUCUACCGUUCCUACACCACCCAGCUGACCAUGAACGUCCCCUUCCAGGCGCUCCACUUCAUGACCUAUGAGUACCUCCAGGAGCUGCUCAACCCCCACAGACAGUACAACCCCUCCUCGCACGUCAUCUCCGGGGCGCUUGCCGGGGCCAUCGCCGCCGCAGCCACCACCCCUCUGGACGUCUGUAAGACCCUCCUCAACACCCAGGAGGCUCUAGCGGUCCAUGCCGAGGUCCCAGGAGCGGUGGGGGUUGGAGCAGGUGUAGGGACGGCGUCGGCCACUGCGGGGCGCCACAUCUCGGGGUUAGGGGAGGCGUUCCGGACUGUGUACAGGAUGGGGGGCGGUGCGGCGUUCUUUAAGGGCGUCCAGGCCAGGAUCAUCUAUCAGAUGCCCUCCACCGCCAUCAGCUGGUCCGUCUACGAGUUCUUCAAAUACGUCAUCACCAAGCGCCAGUUCGAGAGAAGGCUGCACCACCGAGACGGAGAGAAGUAGAGAGAGGGAGGGACGGCCUUCACUCAAAAUGUCCCCCAAGGAACCCACCCCCAUAGAGAUGUACUAGAGGGCUCAUUGCCUAUCUUUUGGCAAAGUGCCCCCUCUAUCCGACUCUAUGACCACCCCACAGUAACCCCACCUCUGACCCUUUGUCCUAAACUAACCAGGAAAUAAAAGCCCCCUCCUCGUGGUUGUCAUCUAGAAGAGAUAAAGCUUUUUGUCAAAAUUCACCUUACGGAGCAGGUUUAGAACCUACGCAGUAGGUUAGGAAUAUUGAGGUUAAGGUUAGGAAAAGUGUUAAGGCUAGCUAAAAUGCACUCAAAAAAAAUAAAAAAUAUUGACAUAAAUUUGCCAAAAGCUGUAUCCCAUCUAGACCUGACCUCCCCUUCUCCCCUCACAUAGGAGAAAAAGCCCCCAUCAUUCACCUAGUUUAUAGACAUACUAUACAUGGCACUUUAAUUCAAAUAUACUCUCACCGGACAGUUUAUUAGGUAUACCCAUCUAGUACCGGGUCGGACCCCAUUUGCCUCCAGAACAGCCUGAAUUCU